CUCAUUCUAGCCGUCGAACUGCCAGUGUUGUCCGCUUUGUGUACGAUAAACAAGCAGAUCAAAUUUAUUUUUACUCAGCUUUAAUUUGUGGAGCGAUGGUUCCUACGGCUGAACUUAGAAACAUUCUCGGUGUUGGAGAGUAUGCAUGUUAUGCAAUUAAAGGUGACAGAAAGACUCGAAAACCUAUUGUGGAGAAAAAGAGGCGAGCGCGUAUUAAUGAAAGCCUGCAGGAUCUCAGGACAUUGCUCCCAAAUAACGAUUUGCAGACAAAGAUGGAAAAUGCAGAGGUGCUUGAGCUAACAGUAAAACGAGUGGAGAGCAUCCUACUGAACCGUUCUCAGGAGACUGAAGCUGUGACUCAAGAUGCCAGUGAGAGAUUUGCAGCAGGUUAUAUUCAGUGCAUGCACGAGGUGCACACCUUUGUGUCCACAUGCCCAGGAGUCGAAGCCAGGGUGGCUGCAGAACUGCUCAACCACUUGCUGGAGAGCAUGCCAUUAAAUGAGAAACACCUUCAUGACAUGAUUAAGGAUAUCAUAUCAGAGCCUUCCUCUUCCUGUGAUUCUUGGCAAUUUGCAGAAGCACAAAAUCCUGGAGGCCACAGUGUGUCCGACAUGUCUUCAGCACUAUCAAAAUACCUGUCCAACCCUUUCUGUGAUGAUCUCUGCUCUGACCUGGAUGAGACAGAGACUGAAGUAUGCUCAGCAUCAGUUAAAGACACCCUGGACCUCUCCAUCGUCACACACUCUAAGUUCAUGUGGAGGCCAUGGUAGAAACAGCAAAAGAAGAGUUCAGAUGCAAAACCCUCAGUGCCGUAUGAAAUUUCCAUCAAAAAUGAACAUUUUUCUCAGCCUGCUUUGUUAUGUUGAGUUAUUUCACUAUAAAGACCGGGAAAAGGACUUAUUCUUUGCCAUGA